AUGGCUGUUCCAUGGAAUGGCCAGGUUGACUUUCUCUGCCAACACAAUUUCUCAAAGAAUUCCAAAUUUGCUUUGAUGUUACUGAAGGGUAUUGAAAAGAACCAGGUUUGCAAAAUGUACGCAAAUGGAAGUGAUAUUAUAUUCGACAACUCAGAAGUUCUAUGUCAUCUGAAGAAUUCCAGUGGCACAGUGUCCUUUACGCUCUCCAACCUUGACAUCAAGCACACAAAUCAUUACAUUUGUGUGCUUACUAACUUUUAUCCUCCCCCGUACAGCAACUCAACAUUGAGUGUGACAUAUAUCUAUGUCUAUGAACCCCAGCUGGAGAGAUGUAAUAUAAUAUUACCAUUACUGAUGUGGAUUUUCAUGGGCAUAUCUAUAUUUCUGCUUCUGUGUUGCAUUGCUAUAUUAUAUUUAUGGAUUAAAAAAACGCAACAACAAAAAUGUGGAACUAGAAACUCAGAGAACAACAAUGAAAAUAACAGUGUGUAUAUGCCAAUGGCCCCUGUCACUGUCACUCGAUUCCCAGUUAGAGGGUGGAUUUGCCGUGUUGGUGUUCCUGAUUCUCUUGAAAGUCUGGCUAAGCUAGUCAUCCAGAAUGACAAAGACAUCACUGACUUUGAGAAAAUGCCUAAAAUGUCACUGUCACAUCUGUAA